UCACCAGCCAGGAGAUCUCGGCCGCGCACUGCUACAACCCGUGCCUGAACGAGUGGAGCCAGCUGGCCUCGAUGAACCAGAAGAGGUCCAACUUCAAGCUGCUGGCUGUCAGUGGGAAGCUCUAUGCCAUCGGUGGCCAGUCCCUUUCCAACGUGGAGUGCUACAACCCGGAGAACGACUGGUGGAAUUUUGUGGCGUCCAUGCCAAACCCUCUUGCAGAAUUCUCAGCUUGUGAAUGCAAGGGCAAGAUCUACGUUAUUGGAGGAUACACUGCACGAGGCAGGAACAUGAGCAUCCUGCAGUACUGCCCCACUUCCGAUUCCUGGACCAACUUGGAGCUGUGCGACGUGCACGUGCGCAAGCAGCAGAUGCUGUCUGUGGAGGAGACCAUCUACCUGGUGGGGGGCUGCAUCCUGGAGCCAGGGCCCGGCCACAGGUCCAGCCCCAGCGAGGACGUGCUGACCGUGCAGUCCUACAACAUCGCCACCAAAGAGUGGCUCUACCUCAACGAGAACUCUUCCAAAUCCGGCCUUAACUUGACUUGCACGCUCCACAACGAUGGAGUCUAUAUCUUGAGUAGGAAUAUUACUCUGUCUUCCAGCUUGGAGCAGCGUCUCUUCCUGAAGUACAACAUCUUCACGGACACUUGGGAGACCCUGGGGCGCUUCCCAGCCUUUGGACAGAACAUUCUGAUCUGUUCUAUGUAUUUGCCUGAUGGGCGAAAAGUGUAGCAACACGAAGGUUUUCUUUUCAGUUCAUUAUGUUUUUUUGAUAAAAUAUUGCUCCCUUUGAGUAAUUCCAUUUUCAGAAUGUCAUCUGGUUGCAUAAUGCAGGCAUAAAAUACUGAUUCUGUUCUCUAAAAAGGUUUCGGAAUUCAGUAUGAAGAGAAAUGCUUCCAGAAGCAUUUUUAAGAUGUGGAUUUGAACAUUUUACUAGUUUGGAUUAAAAUUUCACCAGGUAUUGUUUGCAAUUUAAACGUAAAAUUAUUGUAUUGGCAACUGAUGCAGGAGUUCCAAAGGCAAAACUGAUCAGUCUGGUUUUAUUCUUUGUCUUAGUAGACAGUGUAGAACAAAACAUAUACAAUUUGAAAGUGGAAACAAUUCAAUAAAGUAAAUAAUUAGUAUAAUCAAAAUCACAACAGGAUUUAUUUCUUUCAAAGUACAGUUUUUACUCAAGCAAUGUUCUGUCAAAUGCACUCUGUUUCAGAUUCUUUAUACUAUCCCAUUUUUAUCUCUUCCAUGGCAGCAAGUGAGAUUCUCAAAGGUGCCAGCAAUUGGGGUCCCAUCAAGAACUUUCUCUGAAUUAUUUGUAGUACAAUGCUUUGCCAGGGACUGGUAGGAAUUACCUAGAGGCUGCAGUUGCUGAUUGGAAAGUAGAUGCUCCUUUAAUGGAAGUUGGCAGCAUUUCUUGCUACUGUUAAGACAGAAGUAAAAAGGCUUUUUAUUCAAAGGGUGGAGUUUCCUAAUUGUCAUAAAAGUUUGAGUCUUAGUUACCUUGCUGUGUUCUGUGGUACUUAAAACUGAGUUUUAAAGCUCAAAUUGCAGCUGGCAGCAAGCUGCGUGUUGAGAAGAUGUCCCUGAGCAGGGGUGAUCCUGUUCCAGGCACAUCCUGGUUGGUAGCACUCCUGUGGGACAUGCAUGGAAGGCUUGACUCUCAUAAAUGACUCCCUGAACACGUCCCCCAGAGCGGGGACAUUGAGUGUUGGCUCAUUCUUGUGUCACCAGGGAAGGCUGCCUCAGGUUUGCCACACAACGCUGUACUUCUGUAAAAGGCAACUGUAAGGUGGUCACUGUGAGUUCUCUGUGGGGAUCUCCAGUGGAUGCUGCAGGAGCUUCUCCCAUUCCUGCCUCUUGCCUGACAGAACUGGAGCCACGAUUGGCCCCUUUUCUCCUUGCAGCUCACAAGGGCAAAAGGUCUGCUUGAGGAGCGUGCCCAGCUCUGGAGAGUGUGUCCUCACAGCAAGGAGAGGAAAGGCUCUGGCCUACCAUGAAAAGAGCCAGGUUAGACGUGUGCUGAACACAUUGCAGGGAUGCUGGUUCUGCACCAGCUGUUCAUCCACAUAAGAUGAGGUUUAAAGCACCUGAACUCAUUCUUAAUGUGUGGAGAUGUCUUUUUUGUUUUUCCAUUAGAAUUCAGGAGUCUGAAUCUUCUUUUGAAGACAGGGGUCUGUUGUACAGAGGGUGAGGCAGCAAUGGUUCCCUCAGGGUCCUUGUAACUCCUUGCUUUUCCACAGUUUUGAAUGAAAUCUGUUCUUCCUAAAGGGUUGUCAGUCCUAAAGUGCCUUGCCAGUCCCUGCUCACACAUUAAUCUUGGUGCUUCCAAUCACCUGUAGCAACCCAAACAGAAAAUCCCAGAAAACUUCUCCAGAAUGAGGGCAUUUCUGCUUGAACACUUUCAGGAUGAAAACAACCACAACACAAGGUAUUUUGGGUCUCUGAGAUUUACCUUUUUGGGUGGAAAUUUUGCAGCCUUCUGGAAAAUAUCCUGCCUCAGAACAAACUGGUGCCUGCCACUCAGCUCUGUAUGACUUCAAUUAGCUAAGUCCAUGUUGAUGUGUUUUUAUUUCCUUCAAAGGCAUUGUGCAACUGCUGUGUUUUGACAGCAGUAUCAGGCCACACAAUUACUCUUCUGCACUGAAGCAAUUAGGUGAUUUUCAUAAGAUGCUUCUUCCAGAAGUGUUUUAGAAUAAAUAUAAGCAGGGUGCCAUUGCCUGGUGAUAAAUUAUCUCAGUCACAUUAUGCUACCUGCUUCCCUAAAUUUCUUUUCUGCUCCAGAUUCAGUACUCUACAGUCAGCUGUGACCAAUGUUGGUGGAGGGAAUCACAUCCAAGUUGCAUCCAAAUUCUUUUUCCUAGCAAAUUAACCAAGAAAACUCAUCACUCCUGGGUUUGCAGUGGGGUGUAUCAAAUCAAGUCCUUCCAAACCCAUUCAUUUCUUAGUGCAGUCGUAAUUCCAAAAACUAUGAUGUCAUCUUCUUGGUGUGAUUACUCUUUUUCAGAAGAGGCCUUUCCAUACUGGGUUUGUUUUGGUUUCAACUUCCAGCAAUCAAAUGACCCCCUUGAAAACCUGCUCAAAUGCAGAAGACAAAGAUGUGGCUGACCAUAAAUACAGUCAGAUCCUUUUGUCAGUCCAUGGUGCAAAUGCCUCCUACACUGACAUCUGACAGUACUGUAGUCACAAAUCAAAACUGGUGUUUAAUUUAGUUUAAUUUAAAUUAAUUUAGUUUAAUUUAGCAUUAAUUAGUGUAAGAAUCUAAGUGUACUCCAUUACUACAGACUGAAAUAAAAAUAAAUGAUUUCUUUAAACAAAAUCCUUUACAGAAAAGUAUGCAGUGUGUGUGGCCCCAUACCUCAGGAAAGAAACCAAACACUGUAAUGACUGCCUUGUACCCUGUUUAUUUUCUUUCUAUCGGUUUUAUACUCCAUAUUCACUUUUUAUAUUUUGGGGCAAGGAAAAGUGUCUGAGAGCCACUAACAGAAUAAUUAUAACACUAAUUUUUAGCCAAUGGAAGUUUGCAGUGAUCCGGUGUGCUCUCCUUUCUCUGGUGGGGGAGGAAAUUUGAAAUUUCUUGAUUUUAGAAGUAGCCAAAGAGUCCUUGCUGUCUGAUCAACUGGAAAUUCCUCUGUUAUCCUCAUGUUGCUCCAAACUUGCCAUGAGGGCUCCAUCACAUCAGCUGGAGUGAUCCUUCCAGCUCCUGGCAUCUGCAUCUCCAAAAGUGACAUGUGAGUAGGAAUGUUCAUCUUGUGGGAACACAAGGGUCAUCUGGUAUGUAGUGUUUGAAAGAGUUCCUGAGUUCCUGUGAAGUACAUUUGUUCUCAGUGCUGUCACUGCCACUUCCUUGGCUAUUCAGACUGCUUCAGCAAGUACUAAUUACUUCAACCUCUGCUAAUUACCUGUAAUUUGAACUAAUGGCUAUUUCCAGCCUGUUUCUUUCAUUCCUUCUUUCUUUUUUUCUAUUUGGUCACCCAACAGUCUGUGGUUCAUCUAAGUUUCCUGGUCUUGGUGUUCCCAAGUCUGGAUCCAACCUCCAGACUGCUGCUUUGCUGCUGUGUCUGGGUUAUCCAGUGCUUUAUAUCUCCACUAUUUAUCUUCUCUGCCUCAUGGACCAGUUCCCUGUGACAGUGACCAGCAAAAGCUGAUUAUGGCAGAGGAUGAUCCUGAGUUGAAAGGAAGAACAGCAGCCCCCAAAGUCCUGGGGGAGGAGUAAACAGCAAACUCUGGGAACUCAGUCCCUCCUUGUAAAAUGCAGAAGCAUUUGAGAAGGUUGCUCACAUCAAGGCUAAGAGGGAGCAUAAAAGUUUCUUCCUUUCUGGGAAUGGUUUGUGGUUUUCAAUGUGAAAUAAGAGUUGUGUGGGGCUUAAGUUUAAUCUCUCUGGCUGCUUUCCUGGGUUUCCCUUUCGGCCCUUUCGGCCGACCUCUCUUGAGCUUAAUAUCUGUGUUUUACAUUCUUUGAGGAUUUUGCCUUUCUACAUCAGUGUCCAGCCCAUUUUGCUGAAAUCAUAUGCUAACAGUUUGUUGGUUUUUCUGUGUGUUGCUCUCCUUUUUACACUCAUCUGUGUCUAUCACUAAGCAGUUUGUAAUUCAGGUGUAACCUUUUGAUUUAGUCAAUUUUGGGCUCUGGGAAGAGAAACCUACAAAGCUAUAAAUGUUCAGUUUCAUUUCAGUGAGAAGUGAUGCUGCAGGCACUCUGUGUGUGAGAAUUGGUCUGUGUCUGUGUUAGGAUGGAGAACAGAGGGCAUGGAGUGUAAAAACAUUUUUUGUUUAUUUAGCACAUAACAUGCUCAAAGUCCCCCACGUGCAGAAGUUCCUCCUCCCUGCCAUCCCUGUGAGGUAAGAUACACUCUGUAAACGGUGUUAAACCAGAGAAUCCUUGGAACACCUGUUGGCAAGUCCAGCAGAUUUAUAGGAGUCCAUCAAGAGCCCUUCUCAGAGGGCAGAAGCUGUCAGAGUGUGUGGAUAAAUUGAUUUUGCACUUAGAGCAGUGACCAAAGGGUGGCUCCCUAGCCCCACAGUAAGGCUUAGGAGCCAGAGCUCAUGCUCUCAGACAGAAAAUUUAAACCCUUUUACAGCUGUUCCCAGACUGUGAUUUCCAUCUAAACCAGAUUUGAGCCUAGUUUAGUGCAGCCUCUGGGUUGUUUUUUUUUAUUAUUUCCUGAGAAGGAUAGUGGAGUUGGGAAAAAGAGUCUGGAUUUUGUGAUCUGAUGGGGAUCAUGCAUUCACAGAUCUAAAAUCACUCUCCCAGUUAUACAUGCUAUAUGGAUUAUUUUCUAAAUGCAGUGACUUUACCAGUAAACACAUGCUGAUAUCUCCUGUGAAUAUCAGUGUUGUCUAAAGUAAGAUUUGGUUUCUUUUUUGCAAUUAGAAGACGAAACCAUUGCAAUUCCUGUGCUUUUCUAGUGGAAAGCUGAUUAUACAGGGUCCAGUUUUUAGAGUGCCCAGUUACAUCAUGUGCUGAACAUCUUCAACCUGUAAAUGCUUCAAGAGGGGAGAAAGACAUUCAGCACAUUAGCAAAGAUGUUUCCUGUUUGUUGGUACUUACACCAUUACUUAAGAUUGAGCAGUGAACACAAACUCUGAAUCAUCCUUCCCUCCUUCCACUUUUCAGUUGAAAUUUAUGAUUAUUCACUCAGGUGAUUUUCCACUCUCUGAUAUUUUCCAGGUGUAUUAAAGGGUGUGUCUUGUGAUAAGAACACCUUUUAUAAAAAUUUUCAGCUUCUUCAAAUUUACUAACUCUGUAAACUUUCUGGUUUACUUUUAUUAGUCAUGCUUUGAGAAAUGGCUUUGUAGAAUUUUGAGUACUUUUCUGUACUUAGUAUUGAAACUAUCAGGGAUUUCAACAGUGCAAGGGCAGGGAAAUAUCUGUAGCUCUUCAAGGACAUGACUUCAGCUGUGCAAGGCCUGAAAUGUAAAAUGUGUCAUUACUUCAUUUCCUCUGAAACUUACUCUGAUUUGCAGUUAACUAAUUUAAUUGGGUUAAUUUACUAAUUUUAAGUUUUACACCAUUCACUGAAGUUAAAACACUUUCAAUUGAGCGGAGGUUUUGGAGGUGAUGUUAAAAGGGCUCUGUGUUCAUCUUUGGAUAUUGUUAUUACGAUUUACUUUUUCCACUUUGGGACUGUUAUAAUUGUCUGGUAUCCUACUGAAUGCCUUUUUAUUUGGUUGCAAGGGAAGAUUUUGCCCACAGGUAGGGCCUUGAUUUAUUAUGAAGAGCAGAGCUGUGUCAUUUGAGAAUGUGUAUUUUGAAGCUGUAAAUUAUUGAUUGAUGAUAACUGCUGUGGAGCCCAUAAAUACACGAUUUUGGGUGGUAGGGGUGGAGAUUAAUCUAGGAAAGAGAUGCUUAGAGACAGGCACUCUUUAACCUCCAGGCAUAAGUAAUUUUCAAUUGCAGAACCAGACAGAAAUGGUUUUAAAAUGAGAACUCCUUUUUCCCUCUUCCCAUCUCUUCUGCUGCAGCCCAAACCCUUUCAGUCACAGUAAUUUGUGGCAAGGCAUCUGUACUUGGAAGAGAGUGUUGGUAGUGAGGUAGGAAUGUGCUGCUUGUGCAGGUGAUCCCUUAUCAGAACUGCUGCCUGGCAGGCCAAGAAACCUUCCUGCAGCUCUCCUGGAGACACUGAUGGCUCUUCAAUGUCAUGUUAUCUGCUAAUGUGUGUGUGAUGAGAGGUGAGGCAGGGAGAGGAGUCACAGAGCUCUAUUGUAGACCUGAUAAAAAUGCACAAUACCCUUGUAGAAAAACUGCCUUUUUUUUUUUUUUUUUUUUUUUAGUAGAGCCUGAUCCAAAGCCUUUGAUGUUAAUAAAGAGAACCAGCUUGGAAUUAGGCACAUGAUUGAGUGAAUUUGAUAAUUCUGAAGGUAUCCAAAGGGAUGUUAACUGUACAACUGGCUGAUGAAAGAAGAGGCAUAGGCUUGGAGGGCCUUGGCACAGUGUGAUCUCUGAUAUGCCCCAUCUGUGGUCUCUGAAUUUCCCUGUGAAGAUGUCCAUUGUGUUAACACAAGCUUAACAAAUAUGGUGACUCUGCAAAAUCAGGAGAAUGAUGUUUUCCUAGGAAUAUCUGGGGAGAAGGUGAACAUCUUUACAAUUAUGCUGGUGGGGAAUCACUGAGAAAACAUUGCUCUCAUACUUCUGGUUCUGACCAGCAAAACACGUCUGUGUUUCCUUGUACCAAGAAAUGUGGUGUGUGAGGUGAGGUUGAAGUGUUUUACUUUAUACCCUGGUGCUGUGAGAUUUUUAUUUGCUUAUUUUCUUGCACAAUAGCAUCUCAAAAAAAAGAAAAAAAUCUUGUAUCCAGGCAUUAGAUCCUUCUCCCACAAGCUGUGAUAAUGUCAUAGCCAACAAAAUUACCUGAGUGUGGUCAUGUGGGACUGACAGGCAUCAUCCCAGUGUUACUGUGAAUUUAUACAAGUAGAGAAGAUUUAUUUGUACAAGGAUUAGAACUUUGGCUGAUAUUCCAUUCCAGGUGAAGCAGCUCCAGGAACCUUUUGAGAACAAAACAUCUCGGUGGUUUUCCUCUAUAGGAAAGAUAAGGGUGUGUCCCACAUGGGGAUUUGAAAUCAUUGAGGAAGAGGAUAGACUUAAAGCUAAAUCUCCUGUGCCUUGGCAAAUCUCCCAGUAAACAUAAACUCCCUUCUUUCUUCAGUUUGUAUGUGUAACUAGUUUUUGUUACUUGCUUAAGCAAAAAAAAAAAAAAAAAAAAAAAACCACCACAAAAAAA